GAGAAGGCGGAAAAAGCUUCUUGACCCCUCAGGGCUCGAAUCUCUCUUUCAUGAGCAAUUGACUGCGGAAGAAAGCGGAGAUAGAUAAGACCUUCAAUUGAAAAUUUUAUCAAUCAUUCUUGUCUAAUCAAAUUUCAACCUAUAUCUAUCUGCUUUUGUCCCUCAAGUUUAUCUGCUGUUCUUGAAGUAAUCUUGGGGGAAGAGAGAGAGAGAGGCUGAGCCACUGAAUCAAGCUCGCACUUCUUGGCUAUGUGGCGGGGAGAGGGAGAGCGGAAGAGAGGGUGAUGAAUCUUCUUUCUAAAUUCGUAUUCUCAGCUUGUUGCGUUGAACAUAUCUGAAGAUUCUCUUUUGGAUAUAGCGCAAUUUUAGCUUCGAAAUGGGAACUCCACAGCCAGAAGAGCUUCUCAAGAAGAUCGAGGACCUCGAGGUGGGUCACGCACACCUCAAGCAAGAAAUGUCCAAGCUCAAGCUCUCGGGCGCAAGCGAUGCUCGGGCCGAGCAGAGCCAUCAUCGCCAGAGGUCGCACUCGAUAUCGCCGCAGCGUUCGAGAUUGGGUGCGUCCAGGAGGAGAGCUGGAGGCGGCGGAUUCGAUGGACCGGCUUCGUGGAAGAAAGGUUCGACCUCGUUUAAACAUUCAUCACCGCUUCAGAGGGAAAGCCGUGGUAGUGAUCCUCAAAGUGAUGGAGAAGGUGGCGUCGGAAGAGGCCCUUCAUCUGUGAAUUUUACUGAUAAGCAAUAUCUCAAUAUUUUGCAGUCAAUGGGGCACUCUGUUCACAUAUUGGAUCUUAACGGUCGUAUAAUAUGCUGGAACCGGAGUGCUGAACAUCUAUAUGGUUAUUCAGCGGAAGAAGCCCUUGGUAAGGAUGGCAUUGAGCUGCUUGUAGACCCCCGUGAUUUUGCUCUUGCCGAUGAUAUAGUCACCCGGGUCAUUAUGGGAGAGAAAUGGCUUGGGCACUUCCCUGCCAAAAAUAAGAUGGGAGAGAAGUUUUUGACUGUAGCUACUAAUAAUCCUUUAUAUGACGAUGACGGACGUUUGAUUGGCGUUAUUUGCGUCUCAAGUGAUUCACGACCCUUCCUUGAAGUGAGAGUUCCGUUCUCAGGAGUAAAGCAAUUUGAAACAGGUUCAGGCUCCAACAAUCUUAGAAGUAGCAUCACAAAUAAACUUGGUCUCGAUUCUCAACAGCCUCUUCAAGUUGGUAUAGCAUCAAAAAUUACAAAUUUGGCCUCCAAGGUAAGUAACAAAGUGAAGUCAAGAAUCCGAACAGGAGAUAAUAAUGUGGAUCGUGAAGGUGGGAGUGGUGAAAGUCAUCAUUCUGAGCCUGGCUUCUCAGAGUCGGUUCCUUCAGACCAGAGAGAAGAUGCUAAUUCAAGUGGAGCUAGCACACCCAGGGGAGAUGUGCCCCCCUCUCCCUUUGGCGUUAUUUCUCACACAGAAGACAAAAGUCAAGGAAAAAAUUUAAGAGAUUCUGGUGAUGAGGGUGAAGGAAAACCUAUGCAUAAAGUCUUAACUUCCAAGGCUGAAGCAUGGAUUCAAAGGAAAACGAUAUCAUGGCCAUGGAAAGCAAAUGAGCGGGAUGGGUCAGAGGGAAGGAACGUCCGUGUUGGUUGGCCGUGGUUGCAGAAUGAUCAAGAAAAUGAGCCAGCUCAGCGGAAGCCUCCUUCUUCUUGUGUGAGGCCAGAAAGUCAGGCAGGAGAAGGUAAUCGACCUGUUACUAAUGAAGCAUCAGGAUCCUGGUCCUCCUUCAAUGUUAACAGCACAAGUAGUGCAAGCAGCUGUGGGAGUGGCAGCAGUGCUGUCAAUAAUAAAUUGGACAUGGAUACUGAUUGUUUGGAUUAUGAAAUCUUGUGGGAAGACCUGACAAUUGGAGAACAAAUUGGGCAAGGAUCAUGUGGAACUGUGUAUCAUGCUCUGUGGUAUGGAUCAGAUGUUGCGGUCAAGGUAUUCUCCAAGCAAGAAUAUUCAGAUGAUGUAAUUAUGUCCUUCAGACAAGAGGUAUCUGUUAUGAAGAGACUUAGGCAUCCAAAUGUCCUUCUGUUCAUGGGGGCAGUAACUUCACCUCAACGUCUCUGCAUUGUGACUGAGUUUCUCCCACGUGGAAGCUUGUUUCGCUUACUCCAGAGAAACACAGCCAAACUUGACUGGAGACGGCGUGUCCAUAUGGCUUUAGAUAUUGCUCGGGGUGUAAACUAUCUUCAUCAUUGUAGCCCACCUAUCAUUCAUCGAGAUUUGAAAUCUUCAAAUCUUCUAGUUGACAAGAACUGGACUGUUAAGGUCGGUGAUUUUGGCCUUUCGCGCCUCAAGCAUGAAACAUAUCUCACAACAAAGACUGGAAAGGGCACGCCUCAAUGGAUGGCACCAGAAGUUCUUCGUAAUGAGCCAUCUGAUGAGAAGUCUGAUGUAUACAGCUUUGGAGUGAUAUUGUGGGAACUUACAACUGAGAAGAUCCCUUGGGAGAGUCUCAACUCAAUGCAGGUGAUUGGAGCUGUUGGCUUCAUGAACCAGCGGCUAGAAAUUCCAAAGGAUGUUGAUCCCAAGUGGGCUGCUAUAAUUGAGAGCUGCUGGCAUAGUGAUCCAGCCUGCCGGCCAACGUUUCAGGAACUGCUAGAAAGGCUUCGAGAGCUGCAAAGACGUUAUGCCCUUCAAUUUCAAGCUGCUCGUUCUGCUGGUGUUGAAAACACUCAAAAGGAGUCCUAAACACGGCCUUUGACCUUCUUUUCUUUUAUUCGCCUGCAGCCGACAUAAUGAUUUUUUUGCAUACCUUUUUACCAGUUUCUGGUAAGCAGUUGAAUUGACACGAACGGGGCCCGGCUUGAAGUUGGAACCAUACCAAAGUGCUGAUCGGAAUUGUGGCUCUUCACCAUUUGCGGUAGAACUUAAAAGGGGACAACAUUGAAAAAUGAAAGAAAGUGGAGCUUGACGACGAUGAUGAUUGGUAUAAUCACGUUUUGUCUCUUCAAUGGCAUCAAUGAUCUUCAAUUUGUUAGUAGUGCUGAAUGCUUGGAGCCAUACCAAAUGGGAUUGAUUGUGACCUUUAUUGUGAUCCUAGACGGAGAAUUUAGGUGCUAUUAAAGAAUUUGUACAGGAGGCAGAGAAGGCAAAAACUUCGAGUUUUGAUUGGACGAAAGGGAUUAGGAUCCGAGAAGUUUCUUCCCUUCAUAUUCUUUGUUAAUCAUGGUUGGAGUUUUGUAAUUAUCCACUGGAAUCGACAAGGUGCGGCUUAGCAUGUCAGAUUCAUGAUUUGAUUAGUCCGUUCUAAACUAGUAAGUGUGAUUUUCGUACGUA